AUGGAUGGAGACUGUUACAAAAUUAACGCUGCUCCUGACUUGAUUCCGGAGGGUCCGUGGAGUAAAGUCGAGGGCGGCGUAUGUGCGGCGAAGGGCUUCAAGGCGACAGGCGCCCAUGCUGGCUUACGUGCCAGCGGCAAAAAAGCCGAUCUGGCUCUGGUGGUGGCGGAUGCCCCCGCAACCGCGGCCGGUACCUUCACGCAGAACGUCAUGUGCGCUGCGCCGGUGCUGUAUUGCAAGGACGUCCUCAGUCGCAAAGCCCACAUUCGUGCGGUGAUGACAAAUGCGGGUCAGGCCAACGCGGCCACCGGCACCCAGGCAAUCGGAUAUGAGGACGCGGUGGCCACUGCCAACGCGCUUGCGGAGGCCUUGGGCACCAGCACCGAUGACAUCCUGCUACAGUCAACCGGUGUCAUCGGUCGCCGGAUGAAGAUGGAGAACUUCCUGCCCGCCAUUUCCGAGCUGGUCAAGACACUGGGCCCUUCAGCAGAGGAUGCGCACCGAGCGGCAGUGGCCAUCACCACUACGGACUUGGUGAGCAAGGAGGCGGCGUUGCGGGUGAGCAUCGGCGGCACCACUGUGCACGUGGGGGGCAUGUGCAAGGGCAGCGGCAUGAUUCACCCUAACAUGGCCACCAUGCUGGGCGUCAUCACCUGCGACGCAGCGGUAGCACCGGACGUGUGGACUGGCAUUGUCAAGCGCGCCUCCGUAGCGUCCUUCAACUCGAUCACGGUGGAUGGCGAUACGUCCACCAACGACUGCGUCAUCGGACUGGCCAGUGGUGCCGCGGGCAACCCACUGCUGACCGACCCUGCCUCUCCGGACGCCAAGCUGCUGGAGAGCGCUGUCACUGCACUCAUGCAGGGUCUGGCCAAGUCCAUUGCUUGGGACGGCGAGGGCGCCACCUGCCUUGUGGAGAUCGAGGUAACCGGCGCCAAGUCCGACGCGGACGCGCGGGUCAUUGCCCGUUCUGUAGCCGGGUCUUCCCUUGCCAAGUCUGCCAUUUUCGGACACGAUCCCAAUUGGGGUCGCAUUGCCGCGGCUGCCGGCUACUCAGGCAUCAUUUUCGACCAAAGCGAUCUCGGCGUGCAGCUGGGCAGUAUGAAGCUGAUGGAGGCGGGCCAGCCGCUGCCCUUUGACAAGGCGGCAGCCAAUAAAUAUCUGAAGGACACGUGCGCCGUACACGGCACCGUACAGAUCUUUGUUACGGUUGGCAAGGGGAACGGCAAGGGCAUGGCCUGGGGCUGCGACCUAUCGUACGAUUAUGUCAAGAUCAACGCCGAGUACACCACCUAA